CCAAAUACAAUGAUAAAGACACCGGAGGCAUGUUGGUGUGGUCUCCAUAUCAUACUAUAGUCGACACUAAAUUGGAUGAAUACAUUGCCAUUGCAAAGGAAAAACAUGGCUAUAAUGUGGAGCAGGAUGAGAGCCGCAGGGACAGGAGAAGAAGACUCGACUCACUGCGCUUGGCUGUCAUCAAAUGUAAAAGGUUGCACACCGAUUGAAACGGGCUGGGAUGACGCAAAUGUCACUUGAGACCAACUUGACCAGUGAAAGUUCUCAACAUCGUCGGCAUCCGAUGUAGAGGAGGCAGGGUUUGGACGGGCAGGGAAUGAGAAAAAGUCUGAUGUUUUUCGUUUGCGCAUUUCGUUUUCUUGUCAGCUGGCUAACGUUAGUUAGCUACACAGUUAGCUAGCCUACAUUUAACGUAUAAAUUCAAAUUCCAACGAACUAAACCACAUCAAACUAAAUUAAACACCUUUAAUAAAGUUAACACUUCCAACUUUUUAACCCGAUAAACUUGACGUUAAACCUGUUUCUGUUCAUCUAUACAGCCGAUGCUUCAACCGCUGCAGGACAAGAGUGCAGAGUUUAUUUACUGGAAACCAUACAGGAGUGCACGCGAUAGGGCAGGUAGACGCAGGCGCAAGAGGAGAUGAGAGUUCAGUAGCCUAACACAAGACGUAUGGUCAUUUCUAUUUCAUUUCCUUUUAAAUUUUGUUUGUGGGUAACGGUGGCCACUGGCGACUGGCAGAAAAAACAUGGUCGCAAAAUUAAAAAGUUAGUCGCAUUGGCGACCAUUUUAGUCGCCAUGUGGAGCCCUGUUACAGUGAUCCAAACUGUGCUCAGUCCAUGCUGAUAGAUGAUCAGCAGCUUUAUUUAUAUAAUCAUAUUCAUUUAUGGUUGAUGAGCCAGCACUCGUAAAUCAGUCCCCAGGAAAAGCAUGACGCAGCUGUGUGUCCAACAGGCUCUUGGCAUGCUCUUCUGGCACAAGCACAACAUUGAGAAGUCCAUGGCAGACCUGCCCAACUUCACCCCCUUCCCAGAUGACUGGACGGUGGAGGACAAAGUGCUGUUUGAGCAAGCCUUCAGCUUCCAUGGCAAGAGCUUUCACAGGAUCCAGCAGAUGUUGCCAGACAAAUCCAUAUCAAGUCUUGUGAAGUACUACUAUUCAUGGAAAAAGACCAGAUCAAGGACAAGCUUGAUGGACAGACAAGCAAGAAAGCUGGCAAACCGAAGUAAUCAAGAUGAAAGUGAUGAAGAAAUGGAGGAAGCUAAUCCUAUUGAGGCAAAUGACAGUGAUUAUGACCCUACUAAAGAGACGAAGAAAGAGAGCCAUGUUGAGCCACAGAUAAUGAGCUCUAAGAUCAUCAUGGGCCGGCGAGACCACCAGACCCUGCAGCAUCGGCACCACUCACAGCGCUCCAAAUGCCGUCCACCCAAAGGCAUGUACCUCACGCAGGAGGACGUGGUGGCUGUGUCCUGCAGCUCCACCGCUGCUAACACUGUCCUCCGACAGCUCGACAUGGAGCUUGUCUCCCUUAAAAGACAGGUCCAAAAUGCCAAGCAGCUGAACAGCGCUCUGAAACAGAGGAUUGAAUCUGGCAUUGAUGAGUACCGGCUGCCUGAGUCCAACCAAAAAGUCAAUGCCCGCUGGACAACAGAUGAGCAGCUGCUUGCCGUUCAAGGAGUUCGCAAGUACGGCAAAGACUUCCAGGCCAUCGCCGAUGUUAUUGGUAAUAAAACAGUGGGGCAAGUUAAGAACUUCUUUGUGAACUAUCGGCGGCGUUUUAACCUGGAGGAUGUGCUGCAGGAGUGGGAAGCCGAGCAGGGAACUCGUGCCCCCAACGGAGACAGCACAACCGCUGGAGAGGAUGGAAAAAACAGCUCCAACUUGCCUUCAGGAAAGAGCACAGACGAAGAGGAGGAAGAGGGUCAGGUGACACCUGCCUCUGGACCCUCUCCCAUAGCUGUAGCGUCAUUGGCCAUGGCAGCAGCAAGUGGCAGCACGUCCUUGAAUCAGCCUCCGCCUUUAUUACGGCCCUCUCUGCCAGCCACUCCUGCACUGCACCGUCAGCCUCCUCCCCUCCAGCAGCAGGCCCGUUUCCUGCAACCUCGAUCAGCUCUAAACCAGCCACCACCCCUCAUUCGGCCUUCCAACCCACUACCCCCACGCCUCAAUCCCCGCCCUGCUGCACCCACCAACACUAGCAUGGGCCCACAGCCCCCCACAUUAGUGGGCAUUCCAUCUGAAAGCCCAUCUUCCUCUCUGCAUUGAGUAUGAGCCGCAGCACCCAGAACUGAGGGUGAGAAAGAGAAAGAAGCACUCACAAAUUCUUUUGUUGUUGAAUUUGUGGUAUUGUUUUCUAUCGAUGUUUUGGUAUAGUCAUUAGAGGGCAGUAUUGAUCAUGUACCCACAAGAAACAGUUCAAAAGACAAAAACCUAGAUCAUAAGGUGUGUUAGUAAAGUGUUGAGCCAUUACAAUGUGCCAGAACAGCUUCAUUGUUUCUUGCCAUAGAUUCUCCACAGCUCUGGAAAGGUGCCGGAGUGAUUUGGUGUUUUGGUGAUGGUGGUGGAGAGCACUGUCAAACAUGGUGCUCCAAAAUCUCCUGUAGGUUUUCACUUGGGUUGAGAUCCGGUGACUGUGAAGGCCAUAAAUUUACAUCCUAUUAACACUAAUCAAACCGUUGUUGAGCCUUUUUGCCUUGUGGAUUGGGGUGGAGUCAUCCUGGAAGAGACCACUCCCAUAAGGAUAGAAAUGUUUUGUCAUAGUGUAAAAAUGAUCUGAAAAGAAUUUUGUACUGAUUUGUAGCAACUCUUUCCUCUAAGGGGAUAAAUGGACCCUAACCAUGCCACAAAAAAAAACCCUCACAGCAUUAAAGAUCCACUGUUUUUUUUUCCCCCUUUAAUUUGUCACCACUCUGCAUGUGUGUAAUGUUAGCCUUUGACCGAUGUUUGUAAAUCAUGUUUAUUUAAAUAUUGUGUAACUGACCCUUUUUAAAAUGUUUUAUCAUAACAUGUUGCUCUUAUGAGUUCAUACAAGUGGCAAAAGACAAUGCUGUGUUCUAGAAAUUUGUCUUGCAGUGAGUGCUGCAAAAACCAAAAGUCCAGGAGGUGGAGCUGGAUCUGAUCCACCUCCUCCUCUAACCCUAACCCGCUCACAACACAGAACAAUACACUUAUCCAACCUGAAACACACCGAGUUGUUCCCGCGUCCUGGACUUUUGGCUCAAGUCUGCCCAGGCAGGAGGAACUGGAUUAGGUCCAACUUCACCCUUGGACUUUUGAUUCUGUAGUGACUGGUACUUGCUUGCAGUCAGAAAGUGACAGCGAGUGUUUGUUUUUUAAAGUUUAUUAUAAAAGGGCUUUUCAAGUCCUGCUGUAUUUCCUUUUCCUGAUGUAAGUGUUCAGUGCACAGUUUUUGUGACUCUCUUGUCAUGUGUGUGUAUAUAAAUAUGAUUUAUUUUUAUACUUGGUGCUAAGGACUACAGACAGAUUAAUGCCUAUUGUCCAUAUCUUUCACCAUGAAAGUGCUCUUAAGGUUUAAGAGAACAUUGUGUUUGUUUUGAAACGGACAUUUCCGAUUUUAAACAUUGUCACAAGUCUUGAAAUUCUCCACAGACUACUGUGGUACACAGUUCAUGUUAUGAUAAAGAAUGGCCAAUUGAUUUUCAUUGAGAGAUUUUCAUUGCAUUAAAGACCAUGAAUUUUGACCUUGUUGAUUAUGAACACUGAAAAGAGCUGACAUCAAGUGGUCUCAAACUUAAAGUAUCCCUUUGGUGUAAAAAAAAAAAAAAAAAAAAAAAAACAUUUUGGUAAUACAGUUACACUUUUAUGGACCUAAUUUCUAUUAAAAUUAGAUCAGUCAUUAGAGUCAAGUAGAUAUUAUUUAUAGAGCUACUUAUUUUGGGGUUAUUGAGGUUUCACCAGUAAAACAGGCUACUAACGAGUAAUAUAGGUGUUGUUGAUAUGUUUAUUUGCCUGUACAAUGGAUACUUGUUCUUCAUUUCAUAAUCAUAAGUGUUUUGCUGUACUUCCGCUUUGGUUUGUUGAUUCAGUCUGUGGAGAUGCUGGGUUUGUGUUGUUCCUGCAUGUCACUAUGUUUGUAAGUUCACUGCUGUCUAUGUAUUUGAAUCCUUUUGUGUUGUAUUUUCUCUCAUGUAUGCUCUGUGGUCUGAUUUUAGUCUGAUUUUCAUGUACCAACUUUAUAGUUUCUUUAAUGUAAAUCUAAGUGUAAAUGUUGUCCCUUUUUACACAAUUACCUCUUAGAAUGUCAAAAUUAUUUAUAGCACUUAUUGAUUAAGUAGGAACCACCUUCCUAGUGGAUUAAGACUCUUUUUCCCUGUAACACUUGACAGACACAAUGUCUACUUUCUCUGCAUUUCAGGCAUUAAAGCAGAAGUGUCCACACUAAA